AACGACUGUGUCCUCCGUCCAGCCCAGAGACACAAAUCAUGCUGACUGUCUGGGACAAAAACAAAGCUUUUAACCCAAGAUGCAGCCAGAGACGGACGCUUCUACGAAAGUCAAAACAACUCACAAGUUUUUAUUGCUUGCGUGUUUCAGUUUCUUCAAUUUCAAAGUGCUGGCGGUAAACAUGACAAUCCCUAACACUCUGAUCAGAGGAGUGGUCGGAGGGGAGGCCCUUCUGUCGGUCCGCUACAGUAGUUUCAGCCUCGAUUUGCCGGUCAUCAAGUGGCAGCUCAAGAGGGAAAAGUCUGUUACCGUUGUCCAGACGAUUGGAACGGACAUCAUUGGGACCUUGAGGCCCGAGUAUCAAGAUCGAAUCCUGGUAUUCGAGAAUGGGACGCUGCUCCUCCACAACCUCAGGCUCUCGGAUGAUGGAACUUAUGAUGUGGAGAUCUCCAUCACAGAUGACAUUUUUACAGGCGAGGGCAGCAUCGUGCUUACUGUGGAUGAGCCCAUAUCCAGGCCAUACAUCCACAUGGAAGCCUCUUCUGUGCUGGAGCUCAGUGAAAACUUCCUCCUCAAUUGUUCCCAUGACAACGGAACCAGGACCACAUACAGGUGGUUUAAAGGUGGCAAGCCCCUGACCAACGAAACAAGGUUCUUGUUGUCGCCGGAUCAGAAGCUGCUGACCAUCAUGAGAGUGUUGAUGGCCGAUGAUGACAUCUACAGCUGCACAGUGGAGAAUCCUGUGGGCAGCAUGACCAGCCUGCCCGUUAGACUGUCUGUGUACAGAAGAAGUUCCCUCUACAUCUUUCUUUCUACUGGAGGAAUCUUCCUCCUCAUCGCCUUGGUGACCGUGUGUGCCUGUUGGACUCCUAAAAAGUCCAAAAAGCAGCCCAGAAAAUCUAUGUCCAGGAUUUACGGCCACUCUCGUCACAAACCACUAAAUCAAAAUGAUGAUAUGGCUCCAAAAAUGACGGCGCAUAACGGGAUAAAUGCAGUGACAUCACUCUACAUUCUGCAGCAAAAAGAUCCCUCCAUGGAUGACUCUUCCAGCAACAGCAUCGGAUCUCCUUCUGAACUUGACAACCCACCAUCCUACACUACUUCUCCCAAAUGCACAAAUUCUCUCAUCCUGACAGCUGGUUCACCAGCUCAUUGCUCCCCUAGGUAUACCUGAAACGUCCAUUUUCACAUUUAAAAAAAAGACCAAUUUCUACAUUUUUUGUUGCCUGCCUUCAUCCAUCAGACAACGAAGGUUCUAAUAAAAAAUCAUGAUUUAAAUGGAAAGAAUUCUACUUUACAAAUAUGGCCAUUAAAUAGUCAAUAAGGGAACCAGUCAGCACCAAACUCUUUAAAGAAAUGUUAAUGUGAUACACAUUAUUUGUAUGUAAAGUUUAUAAGGUGUAUCUUGAAUGUUCUUUUUAAUUAUAUAUUAUUGUAAUAAUUUGUAUUUGAGUUCUUGUAAAUAAUUUGUUGGUUUUGCCUACAUGAUAUUUUACUUUUAUACAAACUUUAAUCAUAUGUGACCUUAUAAUAAAUGAGUGAUUUUGAAGUUCUUGCAUGACAUUGUCAAUAAAACUUUGAUUAUAUAAAUGAAAGCUCACUGUGGUGCACAAGAAAAUGUUUGCACACCCGCGCCCCAUUUUCAAUUUCCAUUGAAGUUUAAUUUACAUCUCAUACCUUUUUAAAAUAUUGAACAUUAAAAGCAAACUGCAAUAAUUUAAAGAAUGCAAUACAAUAAACUACAACCUAAGAGCAACUCAUCCCAUUUCAACUUUUCUUGCUGAUAAAUUAUAUAAAUGUGUGUCUAAUCGUGUUGUAGAAACAUGUAGUCAAUAAUAUGGCACUUUAUCGCAUCUUAGUUCAAAUUUAAAUAUUCUGCCUAAAACUGUCAGUGUUGCACCACUAAGGUGGUUAUGCUCACACCAGUCCACAAAAGCCAUGAUGACGGACCUGUCCUCCAGGUCAUUCCCCCCAGACACAGCCGACAAUGGCUGAGUCAUCAGAGAACUUCUGGAGGUGACAGCUGCUGGUGUUCAAGGUGAAAAGAAAGGGUGAGAGCACCAUACCCUGCUGAGCCCCUAUACUGGACACAACCACCUCACCACCUCGGACAUACAGUUGUGCAGCCUCAUGCACUGUGGUCUGUUGGUGAGGUAGUUGAUAGUCCAUGCAGUCAGAUGUUUGUCAACUCGUGCAGCCUUCAUCUUCUGCUGCAGUAGACAAAGCUGGAUGGUGUUGAAGGCACUUGAGAAGUCGAAGAACAUGAUUCUCACAGUGCUUUUUUGCAUCUCGAGGUGAGUCAGAGCCUGGUGCUGCAGGUAGAUGAGCGUGGUAGAUUAUUAUUAGAAAUAUACAUUUAGAAAUGACUUUUCAGUGAACCACACGUUCAAUAUAAAGGGACAGCAGUAGCAGGAGGUAGAGUAACUGACAUGAGACUCCAUGAUGAGAGCUGGGUCAAAUGUCACACCAAGAAUCCUGACAGAGGGUUUGGCGUGAGAAAAAAGGUAGAGCGGGUUGUCCAGUAAUCGGAAGGUUGCAGGUUCGAUCCCGGCUCCGACCAGAGAAUGCUGCUGUUGUGUCCUUUGGCAAGAAACUUAACCCGCCUUGCCUGCUGGUGGUGGUGAGAGGGACCGGUGGCGCCAGUGCCUUGCAGCCUCGCCUCGGUCAGUGCGCACCAGGGCAGCUGUGGCUACAUCGUAGCUCAUCCCCAUCAGAAUUUGAGUGUGUGUGUGAAUGGGUGAAUGACUGAUUGUGCUGUGAAGUGCCUUGAGGGGUUGUAGUACCCUAAAAAGGUGCUAUACAAGUACAGACCAUUUACCAUAUAGCCAGCAUCAAUAAAACAGUAUAAUUGUUACGUGAAAUGCAUAUUUUAAAAUAAGGUUGUUAUAAAUUUGUUUAUUUGUUUUAUUAUUUGGAUCUCUAUUAGUACUCUUCCUGAGGUCCUGCACUGUGAAAAAUUAUUUGAGGUUUUAGAUAUGUGGACAAAUGUAAUCAUUUUUACUGAACUCAACAUCAGUUACAAUCUAAUGGUAUUUGUUGAAAAAACAUUUAAAAACAACAACAACAAAUGAGAUUAGAAAUCAAUUCUGCUUACUUAUGGGUUUUAGUUUAGGCAUUUUUUCAUGCAUCAAAAGUUGACGUAAUUGUCAAUUGGUAAAUUUUCAAGAUUUUCAGAGAAGACGUUAACAGCCAUUUUAUUUCGCUCCAGCCCUUGUCAAGUAUGUACACUUUUUAACAAAAUAUCUUCUUAUUUCUUCAUUAAUACCAAGUUUGAACUCAGUCUCAGCUAUUUUUUCUAUGUUUAAAUAUUCGCUAUUAACUGAUUUCAAUGUUUUUCAUUAUCUUUGAAACCUUUGUCAUGUUUUAAGCUAGCUACCACCCUCCUUACCUUAUCUGAUAUUUUCAGCGUGAAAUAAGUACAACAAUUAGCUCAUAAGUUGGCUAAUUGAGUUCUUAAAAGUUAGUUAGUUAUGCUCAGUAUCUGCAUGUAUUUCUGUAUAUUUUAUUCAUGCUAUUUUAUUCUCUACAUUCUCUUUAACAGUGGCAGCGUUUGGGUUACUUUACAACUUUUAAAUAGCAUUUUAUUUAGAUCAUAAAAUUAUAUUAAAAAUGGUUAAAAUGCUGAAUAAAUGUCAGUAUAAAAUUAUGUCUUCCAUCGCUUUAAACAGCUGGGUAGGCCGAUCUCUAUUUAUUUUGAGGAGUUUCAAGACAUAGAAAAAAAAAACACUAUAUAGAGCUCCUGCAUUUCAGUUGCAUGUCUUUUGUGAUACAGACGUUUCUCUCCAGGUUGCCACUGGGUUUAGUUUCUGUUGAGGACUACCACUGACAG